AUGUCGAAGAAGGAAGGAUCAGCAAAGAAGUUUCUGUAUAAUGGACCACCAAAACCAAAAGAUCAAGCUGAAAAUCGAGAAUGGCAUUUUUCAUCUCGUAAAAAAGAAAAGGGUGACCCAGUAGACCUAGAUACAGUCUGGAGUAUCAAGAAGAAUGUUGGAGUCAAUAAAGAUGGAGUCCAUGAUGAUAAAUUAACGUUCAACGCCGAUACCAAAUUUUAUUCACGUUACAAUAAUCUUGCAGGCCACACAGGACAGAUACGAGUAACGAACGGACUGUCUGAGGGAAAACAGCCAGUCUCAGCUAACGAUCCAGUAGAUAAAGCUUUCUAUCAACGACGUAAUUCAAACACCAGCAGACGGCAUUCCUUAACACCGGAAGACGAAUUAGAUUUCUGA